GGCCCGGCCGGGUCGCGACGCCAUGGGCGGGCGGUAGGAGCGGCCCGGCGGCGGCGGCGGCGGCGGCGGUUGGGGAGCCCGGGGGAAGCCGGUCGCCGGGCCAUGGAGGACAAGAAGGAGGAGGGCGAGGCCGAGAUCCAGGAGCACGGGCCCGAGCACUGGUUCACCAAGUGGGAGCGCCAGUGCCUGGCCGAGGCGGAGCAGGAGGAGCAGCUGCCCCCGGAGCUGCAGGAGGAGGCGGCGGCCGCGCAGCCCGAGCACAAGCAGCAGAAGCUGUGGCACCUCUUCCAGAACUCGGCCACCGCCGUGGCCCAGCUCUACAAAGACCGGGUGUGUCAGCAGCAAGGACUUUCCCUCUGGGUUCCCUUCCAGAACGCGGCCACCGCCGUCACCAACCUCUACAAAGAGAGUGUGGAUGCUCAUCAGCGGAGCUUUGAUCUAGGAAUUCAAAUUGGCUAUCAGCGUCGCAAUAAGGAUGUGUUAGCUUGGGUUAAAAAGCGCAGAAGAACUAUUCGCAGGGAAGAUUUGAUCAGCUUCCUGUGUGGAAAAGUUCCUCCUCCACGAAACUCUAGAGCUCCCCCCAGACUGACUGUAGUAUCCCCUAACCGAGCUACUUCAACAGAAACUAGCUCAUCUGUAGAGACUGAUUUGCAGCCCUUCCGUGAAGCCAUAGCUCUGCAUGGCCUUAGUGGUGCAAUGGCUAGUAUAAGCGUUCGUUCAAGUACCCCAGGCUCUCCUACUCAUGUAAGCAGUGGAUCGAAUGCUAGCCGAAGGAGAAAUGGACUCCAUGAUGUCGAUUUGAACACUUUCAUAUCAGAAGAAAUGGCACUCCACUUGGACAAUGGUGGAACUAGAAAGCGUACCUCAGCCCAGUGUGGCGAUGUCAUCACAGACUCACCAACUCAUAAACGCAACCGAAUGAUCUAAACUGCAAAAAUGUCAAACCCACCAUGCUGCUUGAAAGCCACUUGAUCCUCAACAUAACUAUUGAAAAGGAAACAUGAGGCCAUCUUCCCAUGUUCACUGGUUAAGACAAGUGAAUUCAAUAAUGAUUGCCAUAAAGGAAGUUUUAGGUAUUCCAGUAGAUGCCUCUUGUAACUAUGGCUUUCUUAAACUAUAAUCCUAGCAGAGGACAUCAGAUAUCGUGUAGUAGUUAGCAAGAUCAUCAUAGGCGAACAUGUAUCCGUUCCAAGGCUAAAAGUGACCUUACUUGUAUUCUUAAAGGGAAAGGAAAUAUCAGAUGUUUAUUUGGUUAUAGAAUGCUUUUUUGUCCUUAAUUUCCUGCUGUGUUGAGUAUUUUGCUUCAACAGUAUUGCCAGUUUGACUGAAAUUGUCGAAAACAUGACUUGGCAUCUUUGUCAAAACUGCAGGCUUCCAUUUUCGCAGCACUGUACCAUGCACCUAGUUUCAAUAUAGUAACAGUGUGCAAGUUAUAAAUAUUGGACUGUACCCUUUUUAGUUUUAAAAGCAGUUGAUAAUUCUGGUGAUUGUGUGAUAAUGUAAAGAGGUGCUAUGAUGGUCAUGCAAUUAAUACUUAAUAUUGAAUCAAUACAAGGAUCUUUAUUGGAUUCACUUUGUGUGUUUUAGUGCUCUAAAAGUAGCAAUAUUAAAACUUUUCCCCAAUUUAACCUCCUAGGCUGUUAAAUUUUCAGUUUUCAAACCAUAGUAUGUACUAGUUACAUGCGGUAUUAGCCUUGUGGUAAAUGUUUAAAAAAACAAAAAACAAAAAAAAACGACAAAAGAAACAGUGCCAACGGACUGCACUCCAAGUGACCUAAAUUUAGAGCGAGUUCCUGUAAUUUGAGAUUAGAUUUUUCUUUUUUUGGUUCUGUGUUAGUGGAGGGUAGGUAUUGUACACAAUUGUAUAUCCAGUGUGAUAUUUCUAGUGACUACCCAUGGUGCAGGUGGGUGAACACUUAAGUAGAGGAGAGAGAAGGUGUGUAUUCUGCCUGCUAAUGAACAAGACACAGCACCAAAAUUUGCUUGGACCAAUUGGAGUAUCCUGGGGAGAGACGGAAUCGCAUGCAGGUUCUACAAAUGUGAAGUAGAUGUUAACAGAAGGUUUCUUCUGAGUAGCCUUUUCUUCCUGAUAAAUGUAAGAACUUUAUAGCUGCAAUGUUUUAAAGCAUGUUUUUUCUCUUCAUCUUCUAAUGGUAGUGAUUCUUUUGAUGAAGAAUUUUGAGUAAGCCUGCCAGCCCACUGUAGCUUACCAACUGGCAACCCUACAGAAAGUAGGUCAAAAACUAAGAACGUUCUUGCAAUCUAGUAGCCUCUAAUCACUUACUUAUUUCCCUUUUUUAGUUGUAAAGACUAAAAGUCAACUUUAGACUACCCAAUAACUUAACUAUAACACACAGUACUUAUGAUUACAAUUUAUCGAUCCUUGAAAAAUUGAAAAAAUCUCUCUAUGGGAAGUCUUUAAACCUUGAUUAAAUUAACUUUUCAUGUUCAUUGAUCUGGUGGAUUACAAACAGAAUGCUCUAAGUAGGAAGUAUAGGACUUAAAUCCUGGAUUCAUGAUUUUUUGCCUUUGUUUUUACUAUCUAGGCUUGACAUUUUAAAGCUCUAAAGUUUAGAGGAAACGAUGAAAUUCUUGAUGUGAACAAAAUUAUCUAUUUAUUUAUUAGCAGUUUCUUUUAACAAGGAAUACAAAAGCAGGUGGAACAUUAGCACGCUGUCAUAUUUAACCUGAAAUGGACAAUGCCUUUGAAUUGUGAAACACUUAACAGCCUCCCUUUCUAGUCAGAAUAUGUAAAGAAACGCCACUAGGAUCAUCUUUGUUUUUUUUCUAUCGCUUGUAAAUUGAAUGCUGAAAUGGGAGUGUGUUGCUCUGAUGCAUUGCACAGAUUUGUUGGCGUUCCAAUGUCCAAGGGGAGCUUGAAGUAGAGGAACACAGAUUAAAUCCAUCCUGAUAAUGCCUUUGUUCUAGCUCCUCUUUCCAAGUUGGAAGAAAAAAACCCAAAAAAACAAAAAAAAAAAUUUAAGUUGGUGCUCUGAAGCUUAGUCUUAGUUCCCUUUACAUGAAAUGGUCAGAUUUUGAUAAAACUUGUGCCAUUUUCUUUGGUAAGAGAAAGCAGGUCUUAAUGUCUGCCAGAACACAAUUUUUAAGCCUGUCAGGCUCCAUUAAACUUUUUAAAACUUUAAUAUUGGCUACUUCUUUUACAAUUUCAUUUAAUCUCAAAUGCCACUUGUCCAUGUAAAUUUAGCUUCUUCCUCUCCCUCUUUCUCCUUCCACUCCUGUCUCAUUCUUUCACCAUAGAAUAAAGAAACCUUUGAGAUGCACGUGUUCUCCAGCGAACAGAAAGGGAAUCAUUUCUUGAAAGAAAAAAUUGCCCAGCACCCGCAUUUCUGAAGCCUUCCUUUCUUGUGCCAGUUUAGAUAAAGUAGGGAAGAUUGCCUUUUUGUGUGGAAUUUUUUUGGUUUUUGUCUUGGGGGUGGGGGGGGGUUGUUUGCAAAAUGAAUGCUAGCUCUUAAGACAUUUUCUGUCUUUCAGAAAAGUUGUACAGUGAAUAUAAACUUGCAGAUUAGUUGGGGGAACCAGAACCUUUCAUUUCCGUGUAGCUUGGUCUCCUGAUCCUUCUCUAACCCCCAUAAGCUGAUGGUUCCUUUUCCAUGGGAAGGUAACUUGGCAUGAGUGGGUUCAGUACAUCAUACCUGCAGUGACCUGAGCUUGGCUGAAAUAUUCAAUUUAAAAUCAUAACAUUUAAGGUUUUAUAGAGCAAAAUUAAUGGAAAACUCAUUUGGCUGAAACUAAAGCCCUGCAGUUAAAUUCUUUAAAUGUGGUUUACCCAACUGGAGUAAUAUACACCUUAAAUCAUAAACCUAAUAAAUAAUAAUUUAAAAAACUAA